GGAGUAUCAUAAGUUUGAAUAGGAACAGAAAAAAGAGUGAGAGAGAGAGAGAGAGCACCGUUUCAAAGUUUUGACGCAAAGCAACCAAAAGGAGUGACGAGACGAGGCAACACUGGCUGACACCACCACCUUCAACUACCGAUUCCGCCAUGCUGCCCCUUUCCCUUCUCAAGACUGCCCAAGGCCACCCAAUGUUGGUGGAACUGAAAAAUGGGGAGACUUAUAACGGCCAUUUGGUAAAUUGUGAUACAUGGAUGAACAUCCAUCUCAGAGAAGUCAUCUGUACAUCUAAAGAUGGAGAUAGAUUUUGGCGUAUGCCUGAGUGCUACAUUCGUGGUAAUACCAUUAAGUACCUUCGGGUUCCUGAUGAGGUUAUUGACAAAGUCCAGGAAGAAACAAAGAGCCGUACCGAUCGCAAACCCCCAGGUGUGGGACGCGGAAGGGGAAGAGGUAGGGAUGAUGGCCCUGGAGGACGGGCAAAAGGAAUUGGGCGUGGCCUUGAAGAAGGUGGACCAAAAGGACAAGGAGGAGGUCGAGGCAGGGGUGGUCCAGGUGGAAAGCCAGGUGGAAUCAGAGGUGCAGGGCGAGGUAGAGGUUAAUUUGGGUACUGAUAUGGAGAAUAUAGAAGGACCAGUUGCUGCAUUUAAAGGCAAUGGUGCCCAUUCAGAAAAAUUACUGUUUGCCCUUUGUUUCCUGUGCAUUACUUGUAGGUUUCGAAUUAUUUUCCUGUAUUUAUAGCCACAAAACUUCUAAUGCAAACAUCGUUUUCUAA